AUGGCGAGCUCAGGCAAUGCAGAGGGAGGCGAUGUUCGUCGUGGCUCUCGCAUCUCACGCGCUUCUCUGCAGGGGGACUGGGCUACAUUGGACGAGUAUGGAAAACUAGUCAAAUAUGUGUCUACUUACCGCGAGGGAGCUGUAGAAGAGCAGGAAGAGGGUGAUUUUAUGAUGAAGCGGGUCUGGUAUGCGCCUUGGAAGAAGCGCAAGGUCCGUAUCAAGAAGCUUGAGGACCAGGCGGGCAAAUUCCCCGAUGAUUGGCUUAUCACCGAUAUUCGCGAGGGUCUCUCGACCCAGGAGGUCUCUCGUCGACGACAUCGCUCAGGUUGGAACGAACUGGUCUCUGAGAAGGAGAAUCCCAUUGCCAAAAUACUAUCCUACUUUCAGGGCCCUAUCCUUUACGUCAUGGAGUUGGCGGUCUUGCUCGCCGCUGGUUUGGAUGACUGGAUUGAUUUCGGUGUCAUCAUUGGUAUUCUGUGUUUGAACGCUGCAGUCGGUUGGUAUCAGGAAAAGCAAGCCGCAGACGUCGUCGCCAGUUUGAAAGGUGAUAUUGCCAUGCGCGCAAUCACUAUACGCGAUAGCACCCAGCAAGAGAUUCUAGCCCGCGAACUAGUCCCUGGCGAUGUGAUCAUCGUUGGUGAAGGCUCCGUUGUUCCGGCUGAUGCCAAGGUCAUUUGUGACAUUAAUGACCCCAAUGGCUGGGAAGAGUUCAACCAGCUACAGGAACAAGGAAUGCUGGGUGGCGGCUCCGAGUCCGAUGAAGAAGAAGGCGAACCCCCGGAAAAGCCCGUCGAGACCACAGAAAAGGCCGACAAUGCUGAUGGCGGUGGUGAUGCUGACGCCGGGCAAGUCCAGCGUCCGAAAAAGCGCGGCUACCCCAUUCUGGCCUGUGACCAUUCCGCCAUCACCGGAGAGUCACUGGCUGUGGAUCGUUAUAUGGGAGAUGUGAUCUACUAUACAACUGGCUGUAAGCGUGGAAAGGCUUUCGCCGUGGUUCAGACUACAGCAAAGACUUCUUUCGUUGGUCGUACUGCGAGCAUGGUGCUGGGUGCUAAGGGUGCCGGUCACUUUGAAAUUGUCAUGGAUAACAUUGGAACUUCGCUCCUUAUCCUCGUCAUGGCCUGGAUCCUUGCGGCAUGGAUUGGUGGUUUCUUCCGCCAUAUUCCUAUUGCUUCUCCGCCACAACAGACUCUGCUUCAUUACACUCUGUCAUUGCUGAUUAUCGGUGUCCCUGUUGGUCUUCCUGUCGUCACUACCACGACGAUGGCUGUUGGUGCUGCCUAUUUGGCUAAGAAGAAAGCCAUCGUGCAGAAGCUGACUGCCAUUGAAUCUUUGGCGGGUGUGGACAUUCUCUGUUCUGACAAGACCGGAACGUUGACGGCCAACAAAUUGAGUAUUCGAGAUCCUUACGUGGCUGAAGGCGUCGACCCUGACUGGAUGUUUGCUGUGGCUUGCCUAGCAUCCUCGCAUAAUAUUGAGUCUCUGGAUCCCAUCGACAAAGUCACCAUCUUGACCCUCCGCGAGUAUCCUAAGGCCAGAGAGAUCCUGCGCCGUGGAUGGAAGACUGAAAAGUUCACACCCUUCGACCCAGUCUCAAAACGCAUUGUGACGGUCGCUACGUGUGAAGGCAUUCGAUACACUUGCACCAAGGGCGCCCCGAAAGCUGUGCUACAACUCACAAAGUGCUCAAAAGAUGUCGCUGAUUUGUACAAGGCCAAGGCUCAAGAAUUUGCUCACCGUGGCUUCCGGUCUUUGGGCGUGGCCGUGCAAAAGGAAGGCGAGGAGUGGACUUUGCUCGGUAUGCUGCCGAUGUUCGAUCCGCCUCGCGAAGAUACCGCGCAGACAAUCAGUGAAGCUCAGAAUCUCGGUAUCAGUGUCAAGAUGCUUACUGGUGAUGCAAUUGCUAUUGCGAAGGAAACCUGCAAGAUGCUCGCGCUAGGUACUAAAGUCUACAACUCCGAUAAACUGAUCCACGGCGGGCUGAGCGGGGCUAUGGCGGGCGAUCUGUGCGAAAAAGCGGACGGCUUUGCGGAAGUAUUCCCUGAACACAAAUACCAAGUGGUUCAAAUCCUUCAGGAACGAGGCCACCUGACGGCAAUGACUGGAGAUGGUGUCAACGAUGCUCCGUCUCUCAAGAAAGCAGAUUGCGGUAUUGCAGUCGAAGGUGCCUCUGAAGCCGCGCAAACCGCAUCCGAUAUCGUCUUCCUGGAGCCUGGCUUGUCGACUAUCAUUGACUCAAUCAAGGUCGCGCGUCAAAUCUUCCACCGCAUGAAAGCAUAUAUCCAAUACCGUAUCGCUCUUUGCUUGCACCUGGAGAUCUACCUUGUGACCUCGAUGAUCAUUUUGAAUGAAAGCAUCCGUGUCGAGCUCAUCGUUUUCCUGGCUCUUUUCGCCGAUCUCGCGACCGUGGCGGUGGCCUAUGACCAUGCGUCAUUUGAACUUCGUCCAGUGGAAUGGCAACUCCCGAAGAUUUGGUUCAUCUCCGUCCUGCUCGGAAUCCUCUUAGCGCUGGGUACCUGGGUAGUCCGAGGCACCAUGUUCCUACCAUCCGGAGGUAUCAUUCAGAACUUUGGAUCUAUCCAAGAAGUGCUGUUCCUGGAAGUAGCACUGACCGAGAACUGGCUGAUCUUCGUGACCCGUGGUAUAGACACUUGGCCGUCUUUCCAACUGGUGGUAGCAAUUCUCGGCGUGGAUGCCCUCGCUACUAUCUUCUGUCUGUUUGGUUGGUUCACUAAUCAAGAUAUGAAGACUGAUCCGGCGGAUCAAUUUGUAGAGAGUGCGAAUGGUUGGACGGAUAUCGUCACCGUUGUGCGUAUCUGGGGUUUUUCUUUUGGUGUGGAGAUUGUCAUUGCUCUCGUCUACUUCAUGCUUAAUCGUGUCAAGUGGCUUGAUGACCUUGGUCGUGCCAAGCGCAGCAAGGGAGAGAUCAAGAUGGAGAGCCUGCUUGGACAUUUGUCUCGCUUGACGGUUGAGUAUGAGCAGCCGGGCAAGCCAAAUGGCAAGUUCUUCCUGGCUGCCAGCAAGGAAGAAGAGGAAGUUGAGUAA